UGGAGAUGCAGAGAUGGGCUCUAGCGCCGCCCAUAGCACACAUAAUCUACAAACCAGGUUGCCAGACUUGCCAGAACAAGCCCAGAAUGCCGUAGAUAGGCUUACACACCUAGCUAGGUACGGGUGGCUUUACCUUGGCCUGCGCAAGUUCAACUGCGCCCUGGUUGGAAGUUGGAACAAAAUAGUCCAAUGCCGAACGGAGGAGGGCCGGCGAGACUUGGCGUGUGCAAAGGCCCAUGAGAGUCAUCGUCGCGAGUUUGGCCAGCUGACCUCGAGACAAACCUGGCAUGCCUGACUUGCUAACACUCCAUAGUCCAAGGUGACUGACGAAACGAACAAAUGAAUGCGCUUGUCGCCAAGCUGAAACCUUGCUCCUCCACGCAGAAAGCAGCAAGCAGCAGUCGUGUGUAGGUUGUUUUCUGGGUUCGUUGGGCACCAAAACCAAUGGCACCCGCUGCUAAUUGCGUACAGCAACCAGGCAGGCAAGAACGAGGACAUGGGCCGCCCGAAAUCCCGGGCCUAGCCUUGAUUGAUCAAUUGGGCUUGCUGCAUAUUUCUUCUCCGAUCUCAUACACUACAUUAUCUUUUUUGCCUACCAAUCAAUAAGGCAUUCGAGCUCAAUAUUUACGGCUCAAUUCAGCCAGCUUUCCCGACACGUGCAUUGUGUUGCAACUUUUGAGUGGUCGCGUCAUCGCGUUUGGGUUGGGGUUCAAGGCACCUAAAGCCAAGGUAGCCAUCCACUGGGCUGGACAAGUCCUAGCGCCGAAACGCGCGGGGGGGUGGUACAGUUGAGACACCGUGAUAGGCGCUAGGUUUUGCUGAAGUCAGCCGAAAGAUGGCGCCUCGCAACCCUGAACUGCCGCCGACGCCCUUGCGCCAUCCACAACCGCAGAGGCCGACAAUUCCACGCCUGUUCUCCAGGCUAUCCCACGCCUCAAAGCGGUCUUUCCGCUCGUAUUCUUCAUCGUUCGAGGCCGACGACGAACGCUCAGGAAGUGAUUCGCGAUCCCAAUUUGACUCCGACUCCGACUCCGACAUGGAUACCUCGACGGAAAGGGGACAGAGCCGCGAGCGCCGCUGCCGGCGCUCGUAUGGUGGUGAACAAUACGCAGACGAGGACACCAGACCGACGAGCGAAAAAGAGCUUGCCGGCUGGUACAUGUACUCUUUUGCGGCGGAGACGUAUGUGAUCUGCGCCAUCAGCUCCUUCAUCCCAAUCCUACUCGAAAGUCUUGCACGAGAAAACGGUGUUCUCCUCAAGGAUAGAACAUCGCCCUGUAAAGCAAGCUACGACAAGACUCCAGAUGGCGGGAAUGACGACAACCAGUGCGUGGUCCACGUGUUGGGCAUGGAAAUCAACACCGCCAGCUUUGCCAUGUAUACCUUUAGCGUCAGUGUCUUGUUGCAGGCACUGUUGGUCGUGAGCAUAAGCUGCGCUGCUGAUCACGGAAACUAUCGCAAGAAGCUGCUGCUGGCUUUUGCUUGGAUUGGCAGCUUCAGUGUCAUGGCCUACAUAUUCGUCAGCAAGGAGAUCUAUCUACUAGGCGCAAUUCUUGCCAUUAUCUCCAAUACCUCAUUUGGCGCCUCUUUUGUCCUGCUCAACUCGUUUCUCCCCUUGUUGGUUAGGCACCAUCCGAGGAUUGAGUACGCGGAGCCGGCGACCGGCGACGACCUCGACUUCGAGUCAGAGGAUCAAAUGCGAAACUCAGCCUCGCACCUACUAGCAGAUGAGCACGACGAUCACUAUGCGCUGUCUAGGGUCCACACCAAGGAAGAGCUCACCUCGAUCGAAUUGCAGCUAUCGACCGAGAUCUCAGCCAAGGGCAUUGGUAUCGGCUACUGUGCUGGUCUAUUUGUCCAAUGCAUUGCCAUUGCCAUUGUGUUCAAGCUCAAGAACUCGACUUGGUCCCAGAGAGUUGUGUUAUUAUUUGUCGGAGCCUGGUGGGCUAUAUUCACUAUUCCUGCCGCAAUGUGGCUCAGGCCAAGACCAGGGCCUCCGCUACCUGCGGCGUCAGAAUCGAGCCGUGGUGGCGUGGCCGCUUUUGUUUCUUACACUUUAUACGCAUGGAAGGCACUGUUUCGUACUGUUUCUCUGGCACGGCGUCUGAUAGACAUUGUGCUGUUUCUCGGCGCGUGGUUCCUCCUCUCUGAUGCCAUUGCGACCACAUCGUCCACGGCUAUCUUAUUCGCCAAGACACAACUACGUAUGGAACCUUGGGCACUCGCCAUGAUCAACGUGAUCUCGACAACGGCUGGUAUUGCAGGUGCAUUUUCUUGGGCCUUCAUCUCGCGGCGACUCGGACUCAGACCCCAUCAGACGAUCCUAGCGUGCAUAGUACUGUUCGAGCUUAUUCCACUAUAUGGACUAAUGGGCUACCUCCCGUUUGUAAAGAACUGGGGUGUUCUGGGUCUGCAAAAGCCGUGGGAGAUGUUCCCACUCGCGGCGGUGUAUGGAUUCGUGCUGGGAGGACUGAGUGGAUAUUGUAGAUCCUUGUUCGGUGAGCUGAUCCCGCCUGGAUCCGAGGCGGCCUUUUACGCGCUAUACGCCAUCACGGACAAGGGCUCAAGCAUUUUCGGACCCGCCAUCGUCGGAGCCAUCAUCGAUGCCACAGAGGAGAUUCGGCCGGCUUUCUGGUUCCUGGCCGUCAUGGUGGGGCUUCCUGCGCCGCUGAUUUACUUUAUAGAUGUCGACCGGGGCAAGGUCGAAGGUGAGAAGCUUGCGGCGGUCAUUGAGGGCUAUCGCAGGCAUCAGGAUGAAUCUUUCGAUGAUGGCCGAUUCCCAAGCGAUGACGACGAUGAUGGUCGAGGGCCCAUCCUUGGAGGGCGCGAUGACGAGGAUGAACAUGACACGGAGCGUGAAGUCAGGGGGAGAUAGACGUGUUUGUUGGUGUACAGUACAUUUUCAGGGUUAAUCUCCAGAUCCAUGUAUAACACCACGGGCCGGUCUCGAUCUGUGGCCAAACAUUGUCUCUUGUAUUUUUUUGCAUAGCGAUGGCGCUUUAUUCAAGGGGAGUUUGCCCCGCGUACUAUUUACAAUAUACGUAGCGGCUUCAUACCGGCGAGUAGAUACGACCGAUAGUGGUCCACACGUACCAUGGCUGACACAAGUUGCGUGCUGUAGUGAGCUUACUGACCAGCUUCAAUUGCCAGCCGCAACCGUCAUGCCUAGAAAUAGGCAAUUCCCAAAAAGGAAGGCCUCUGGUGUCAGCUAGCGGAUCAAUAAUGCCGCCGAAAAUUCGCGAACCAGUGUCAAGGACCCAUGUUUGAUUGGAUCUUUAGGUACUUGAUGAUCCCUCCCACGUCCUGCAAAAUUAUGA